CACUUCCAACCAAAACAUCCUCUACAACAACACUUUUGCCAACCAAAUCAACCACUUCCAACCACAACCAUGAAGUCCGCUUGCGCCAUCCUCUUCGCCGCAGUGGCCGCUGCCCUCCCAUCGCCCGUGCCCAACAACAACGUCCUCCAAGGCACCCCGGAAAACCCUCUCAAAUUCUCCGGCCAGGCUCUCCGCGCUUCGAGCCCCAUCCACUUCGGAACCGUCAACGCCAACGGCAAAGCAUUCUGGAUCGGCAAAGACGCCAAAACAUACAACCCUCUGAACAACAACACCUGCGUCGUCGACACCAACACCACCACUUUCAGCUACAUCAACGGCCAGGGCCAAGUCAGCCUGUACACCAACGUCCCCGGCGGACAACAAGUCUACGUCAAAGACGACGGCUCCCUCCGCUUCACGGGCCCGCACUCGGUCGCGACGGACGGCAACGCGACCUUCACCGGUUUCGGCAUCGCCUACGAUGCGAAAUUGCAGUUCGAGAACCAGGACUGGUUGGCGUGUCUGGGCGGCAGCAUCUCUCCGGCCAACUUCCAGAUUUAUGCGGCGAGCAGAAUCCCCGCGGCGCAGAUUCCUAAGGAUUGUUUGGGAUUCACGUGGCACGAUGUUUACCACCAGAACGCUACCGCUGCUUGGCAGUACGAGUAAGAGUCGCGGCUUGAAGGGCGAUUUGAGUGGUGCAGAGCGUUCGGUCUGUUCAUCUCUCGGACACGGGAGAUGAAGAGGCGGGAUGUACGAGUGACGAUGUCUUGAGGUGUGACUGAGGGAGUUUUUUGUUUCAUGAGCCAGCGACUGUGUGUACCUAACGACGAUGCAUUAAUAAUUGAAAGGAACGAAUCUCCUUGU